CACAGACCAUGGCGCUGUGUAUCUCUGUGUGACAGCUUAGCGUCGGAAAGAAAGCUCCCGACAGACGCGUCUGCGCACUGAAAUCCGCUGCCGACACCGACAGCGGGCUGACAUCAAGGAUGGGGUCCCGAAUCAAGGAGAGCCCAGAGUCCACAUUUGAGGUGUACCUAGAGGUAGCCCAUCCAGGCACACACAGCUCUGGGCCAGAGGUGCGAAGGCAGUUCCCUGAAGACUACACAGACCAGGAAACUCUUCAGACUGUGCCCAAGUUCUGCUUUCCCUUCAGCAUGGACAGUCUGACAGUGAACCAGGUUGGUCAGAACUUCACCUUUGUGUUGACUGAUAUUGAGAGCAAACAGAGAUUUGGCUUCUGUCGCCUCUCCUCAGGAGCCCACACCUGCUACUGCAUCCUCAGCUACCUGCCCUGGUUUGAAGUCUUCUACAAGCUGCUUAAUAUCCUGGCAGACUACACCAUCAAAGGCCAGGAAAGUCAAUGGCAAGAGUUCCUGGUGUCCCUACAUACACUCCCCAUUCCUGAGCCGGGUGUCCCUGUUCAUCUUGGUGUUCAUUCCUUCUUCACUGUGCCUGACACAAGGGAACUCCCCAGCAUACCUGAGAAGAGAAACCUAACAGAGUACUUUGUAGCAGUAGAUGUCAAUAACAUGCUUCAUCUGUACGCUAGUAUGCUUUAUGAACGUCGAAUCCUCAUCUGCUGUAGCAAACUAAGCACUUUAACGGCUUGUGUCCAUGGGUCUACAGACAUGUUAUAUCCGAUGCACUGGCAACAUGUUUACAUUCCUGUCCUGCCUCAACACCUGUUAGACUACUGCUGUGCCCCAAUGCCCUACCUCAUCGGAGUACAUUCCAGCCUGAUGGAGAAAGUUCGAGGGAUGGCUCUGGAUGAUGUGGUGGUCCUGAAUGUGGACACAAACACUCUGGAAACCCCCCAUGAUGACCUCCAAAGCCUGCCCAAUGAUGUGGUCUCAUCUUUGAAGACCCGUUUGAGGAAGGUUUCAACAACGACCGGAGACGGCGUGGCUCGAGCCUUCCUCAGGAGUCAGGCGGCUUUGUUCGGCAGUUACAGAAACGCUCUGCAGUUUGAGCCGGGAGAGCCAAUAACAUUUAAUGAGGAAACCUUUGUGAACCACCGCUCCAGUGCCAUGAGACAGUUCCUCCAGAAUGCCAUCCAGCUGCAGCUCUUCAAACAGUUUAUUGAUGGCCGAUUGGACCUGCUGAACUCAGGACAAGGUUUCAGUGACGUCUUUGAGGAGGAGAUUAACAUGGGCGAAUAUGCAGGCAGUGACAGGACCUACCACCAGUGGCUGUUCACUGUGAAGAAAGGGGGUGAUGCUAUUUUAAACACAGUGAAGACCAAGGCAAACCCAGCCAUGAAGACUGUAUACAAGUUUGCCAAGGACCAUGCAAAAAUGCGGAUCAAGGAAGUCAAGAGCCGGCUCAAGCAGAAGGAGCAGGCAGAGAACGGCUUUUCCACAGCAGGGUCAGCAGUCAUCGAUGACGACUGUACAGCGGGGUUCACCUCUUCCACCAGUGUAGUCAGGAGGGAAGGGACCUUGGAUGACCACCGGCCAAUCACUGUGCAUUUUGGACAGGCGCGGCCACCAAUGCUGUUGAAGAGACCAAGCAGCAAUGUGAGUCUGGAAAGCAGCGUUGACCACUCUAUCCGUCCUACUCGUCACUACACAGUCUUUCUCUCUGAGGAUUCAUCCGGAGACGAGCUCCAGUAUGACGAUGACUCCAUCUCUGGGUUUCCUGACAGCUUUCUCUUCUCAGUCCCUUUUGAGUGGUCACCUCUGCCACAGCCAUACCGCUCCCUGAAGGAGGUGGAUCUGAUCGAGGGGGACGAUCCUGGUUUUGGGGCAGAAAGUCACACUGCCCCUCCCAGCCCAGUUAAUGAGAGGUUUUCCAAUGUCAAUCUGCUGGGGGACAUCUUUGGCUGCCAGGACGAACCUGACAGCCAACCAAUCACAUUGGCUAAAAGCCUUGAGGACCUGAGGACUCCCAAAGGCUCUGAGGAUCUACAAACCAAGUUCACCUACCAGCGGAUGGACCUGAGUGUGGGUGAACACUCACGAACACUUCCAGGACUCAAGCUCUCCAACCCUUACAACAAGCUGUGGAGUGUGGGGCAGGACUUGAUGGCCGUGCCCGUCUGUGUGACUCCUCCUGUCCAACAUCCCCCACAGAUGGAAGCCCGCUCUCCGAGCCGUGACAGCUCCUGCCCGGGCCCCGACCCUUUGGACCCUUCCACCCCAGGUAACAUCACCAUUCCACGUCCCCAUGGAAGGAAGACGCCUGAGCUCGGCAUUGUGCUAGCUCCCCCCACAGCCCAGUUGCGCUCGAAAGCAGCAGGAGCUGGAGAAGGAGGGACUUCUUUAGGGGGACAAGAGUUUCGGCAGGCUCUAAGCAUGAGCGCAGAUGGAGACCUGCUGAAGCCUGCCAAGGCUGCAGAGGACAGUAUAGAUCUGAUAAGCCUUCUCGACCCCCUGAAAAGCUCAGUGGCCAGCAGCUCCACUUCAUACAGUGACGGGGCAGAUAUUAGUCUGUUGUCAUCUUCCUGCAAACCAUCACUUCCACCCAGGUCCUACCCACAGGGCCUGCCCCCUUUCCCACUACAUCCUCACAUAUCACUCAACCCUUUUGCCCAGUCUCUUCAGCACACCUCCCCCCAAAUGAAUUACUCGCCGACUGUAAGUGGAAAUCCUUUCAGUGUAGUGUACGGGCCCCCGCCAGGCCCCUACCUACAUACUGCAGCUCGCCCACAGUCCAUUUCUACGCUGCCAGGGCUCUACAGACAGCACUCACCCGGCAGUUCAUCUCUGCCCGCCAGCUACGGACUGCUCCAGUCAGCCUUCCCCCCCUCAGUGGCCUCCCUCCCUCACUCCUCUGCCAGCAAUCACGCUCUCUCCAGCUUGGCAGACUCACCAUCUGUCGCCAGUUCAGCCAUGAACUUACUGGCAAAGCCACUGUGUGCUGAGGGGGACAGCAAGAAGACUCAGGAUCCUUUUGGGGAUCUGCUGACUAUGGCCAAGCCAGCUACUCCCCAAAAAAAGAAGGUGGAGGACCUUCGCAGGAAGUGGGAAACAUUUGACUAAAACCUGUGAAUAUGUACUGAGGUGCCCUCUCUGUCAUCACCCAAAGCCCCCUCACUACUGUAUCAGGGCCUUCUACUGCAUUCAGUACCACACACACUAACACUCACUACUCUGCUUCUGCAGCUCACAGUGGUAGAAGAACGAAAGCUUAAACUUCAAAUGAGCUAGUAAACAUUAGCUAAUUAGGUUAAUAUGGAUAUUUCCAAUACAAGGUCAUUAAAAUGACUUUAUCACUUUGCUAUUUCCUGAGCCUAGUGGUUAAUACAUUUCACUCACCAUCACCAGAGACACAAAGCAGCUCAGACUGAAAUCUCAAAGAUCAUAAAUUGGAAUUAAUAUAUAUUUCUUGCCAAACAUGUGUAUGUAAGUGAUACAUUCCUGUACAGAAGUUUAUUGAUUUUAUUGACAUUUGCUCUAAACCAGUGGUUCCCAGCUGUGGUCCAAAUUUCUCCUUAGUCAUUGGUUCAGGGCCCACACCUUUAAUAAAUUACCGCAUAAUUCAUUUUAUUGCACAAAAUGUAAACAACAUGUGGGAUUACAACACAAUGAAAUAAAACAUAUAGCAAGAAUAAAGUGCAAUCACUUGAAACUUAAUAAAUAAGUAGCACUGCAACCAAAAACUUGCAUGUCACUACUUCAAGACCAGUGACAUAAAAACACUGCAAAGGCACAGCAGACCAGAUAGUACCAAGACCUGGCCAAUGAAAUUGUUUUUGUACUGAAAAAACAGAUAGUUGUGAUAAAUGAGGCCCUUAAUAGGCUGUAGGUCUGUAGUUGAAGAAAGUAGUUUUUACAAAUCUGACAUGUUCACAAGUCACUUGUGGUACAUUCUCAAUGGACCCGUGGCCCAGUUUUGGACAAUAUCCCACCAAUUAGAAACCACUGUGCUAGACUACAAUGUAAUGAUUUUUUUCUACUCUUGUAUGUUGCUCAUAUGGAGUAGAGGUUAGCAAAUGCAUCAGAGCUGAUGUUUCAUUUACUGGGACAGAAGGUCCUGAUCCAGUAUGUAGGUAUGGUCAUGUUGUGACACCCUACAUGGACACACAGACACACAAAGACACACAGACACACACACACACACACACACACAUACACACACACACACACACACACACACACACACACACACCUCCCCUCUCUCAUCAGCUCUGCUGCUGACCAAUGACAUAUAAGUGUGUGUAUGUGGUGAAGAUAAGAAGAGUUUGGACUGUCUCAUCAGCCCACAUUUAAUCUCACCUGUACACAUCAAGGGAUCACCUGAAUCAAGAUAUUUUGUCUUAAUUUGAUUUUCCUGCCAUCUCCCCAGGAAUCCCCACUCAAAGCCAGCCUUGCUUCAACAUGUUCAGAUGCCAACAGUCCGUCGCUGCUCAUGAACAAACUGCUUCCAGAAUUCU